AUGGAGAGUAUCGGCUCAUGCUCAUUCUACAAUUGCAUCAAUCUUGUCCGCGUCAUUUUCAGUGGCAGCCGUAUUAAUACUAUUGACUACAUGGCAUUCUAUGGUUGCAGUAAGCUUUCAUACAUCUUCCUUGGCACUGAUACGCACGUCACAUCCAUUGGCACAAAUGCCUUUGAAGGAUGUUUUCUUCUCAACAGAUGUGGUUCAAUCACAUGUCCAUCUGUAACAAUUCCUUUAUUCGAAGAACAUAAAAUAUCUAAAACAUCAUUUCUAACAGACUGUGACUACUUCUGUCAAUCACUUAACAAUGCUAAAUCUUCUUUCAUCUCACCAAUAAGCUUAAUCACUCCUUUCAUACUCAUGUAA